UCACCGAAGCGGAUGAAAACAAACAGUAACGAUGGCGGCGCCGGGAAGCGACCGGGUGCUGGGCUGAAGGCAGGAGUGAUCACUUGAGCUGUGAGGGAAGCCCUGAAGAGCAGCCUGUAGACGUGAGGGUGACUGUUGACUAGUGAAAAAAGGGACCCAAGGUUCACGACUCUCUUACUGGCAGUGGAAUGACCCGUGGAAACCUGCGAUCCAUUCUCAUUAAGUAAAUCUCUGGAUUCCUAUAGGCAAUGGAAUCUGAUCUCAAUUCCCAGGACAGAAAGGACCUGGACAAAUUCAUUAAGUUUUUUGCCCUCAAGACUGUCCAAGUGAUUGUCCAGGCUCGACUGGGCGAGAAGAUUUGUACUCGUUCAUCUUCUUCCCCAACGGGUUCAGACUGGUUCAAUUUAGCAAUCAAAGACAUCCCAGAGGUUACACAUGAAGCAAAGAAGGCGCUGGCAGGGCAGCUGCCUGCCAUCGGGAGGUCUAUGUGUGUGGAGAUAUCACUCAAGACUUCUGAGGGAGAUUCCAUGGAGCUCGAAAUCUGGUGUCUGGAAAUGAAUGAAAAGUGUGAUAAAGAAAUCAAAGUUUCCUAUGCCGUGUACAACAGACUGUCAUUGCUACUGAAGUCUCUCCUUGCUAUAACUAGGGUGACACCAGCUUACAGACUCUCCAGGAAACAAGGGCAUGAAUAUGUCAUAUUGUAUAGAAUAUAUUUUGGGGAAGUUCAGCUGAAUGGCUUAGGAGAAGGUUUCCAGACAGUUCGUGUUGGGACAGUGGGUACCCCUGUGGGCACCAUCACUCUUUCUUGUGCUUACAGAAUUAACUUGGCAUUCAUGUCCACCAGGCACUUUGAAAGGACCCCACCUAUCAUGGGGAUUAUUAUUGAUCACUUUGUGGACCGUCCCUACCCCAGCUCCUCACCCAUGCAUCCCUGCAAUUACAGAACCGCUGGUGAGGACACUGGAGUAACAUAUCCUUCUGUGGAAGAUUCUCAAGAAGUGUGUACCACCUCUUUUUCCACCUCCCCUCCAUCCCAGUGUGUGUUUACUGUCACAAAGGCACAUUUUCAGACCCCUACUCCUGUGGUGACGGACACUCUGAGGGUCCCCAUGGCAGGACUGGCCUUUUCCCAUCAACUCUCAAGCUCUCGCCUUUCCUGUCAGCCUGCUGCCCUGGGCGUUGGAUCCGCUGACCUGGCUUGUCCAGCAGUGUUUGCUGCCGGCUUAAACACCACACACCCUUACCAGCUCAUGGUUCCCGGGAAGGAAGGUGGGGUACCCCUGGCUCCCAACCAGCCUGCCCACGGUGCCCAGGCUGGUGACCAGGAGAGACUGGCCGCCUACACGCCUUCUGAUGGGGCCCACUCUGCUGCCACACCUUCCAGCAGUGAGGAUACGGAAGCUGUGUCCAACAGCAGUGAGGGACGGUCCUCCCCCCAUGAUGUCUUGGAGACCAUCUUUGUCCGGAAAGUGGGGGCUUUUGUCAACAAACCCAUCAACCAGGUGACCCUGACCAGUUUGGACAUACCCUUUGCCAUGUUCGCUCCCAAGAAUUUGGAGCUGGAGGACGUGGAUCCCAUGGUGAAUCCUCCAGAUUCCCCAGAGACUGCAUCGCCUCUUCAGGGCAGCCUGCACUCCGAUGGCUCCAGUGGGGGCAGCAGUGGCAACACCCAGGACGACUUUGUCGUGAUCGACUUCAAACCAGCUUUUUCUAAAGACGACAUUCUUCCGAUGGACUUGGGGACCUUCUAUCGUGAAUUUCAGAACCCCCCUCAGCUGAGCAGCCUCUCCAUAGAUAUCGGGGCACAGUCCAUGGCUGAGGACUUGCAUUUCUCACGCACUCCUGUGUUUGGUGCCUGAUGUCUUCUACUUGCUGAUGCCACUACACCAGGCUGCUCCAACAGCUCUUGCCAUCAGCUGUUAAGCUUGCCAGGCAGAUGACAACGGUGCAGGGCAGGAGAAGCAGAAGGUCCCCAGUAUUGGUGUUCUUGCGCUUUCCUCGGAGAGCUCGUUCCCUGGUUCUCGUGUUCAGCCAGAUGUCCUGAUACCGACUGUAAUGACCACGUGUCCGCUUAGGAUAUUUCCUGUUUCCUGUCUCUGAAGGGCAGAGGAGUGCCCUGCACAGCUGCAAACUCAGGGUGCCCCAUGCCACAAGAUGUCAUGGUCCCUCUGCCUGAGGUGGGAAUAUCACCUCCUAUGUCGAAAUCAGAGGAAUGGCUCUAGGAAUAGGAAUCUAGGUUUAGCUGCCCUUGAUUUGCUUUAAUCAGAAAAGCAUGCUCAGUAAUAAUAAUACAGCAAUAAUGCCAUUAUUAUUAACAUUUAUUGAAGCUUUCUAGGUGCCAAGCAUUUUUUAAGUUUACGUGAAUCUUCAACAACCCUAAGAGGUAGGUUUUCUUAUUAUCCCAGUUUACAGAUGAGAAAAAUGACACUGGGAGCAAAUAACUUGCUGGUGGUUACACUGAGCUGGCAAAACAAGCUUUGACCCCUAAGAGUCUGGCUUCUGAUUUUAGGCUUUUAACCAUUGGCUCCCUGGCCUCUCAUUUGAAGUUUGCUUGGAAGGAACCGGAGUCCAAAGGAAGAUGAGGCUGCAGCCAGUGCUGGCUGGUUGCCCCAGCCUCCCAAACCCAUCUGGGCAUCUGGCCUGUCUGGGCUGCUUUGUAAGUCCUGUGGCACCAAGUAUCUCGUGCCUGUCAGGAAGUCUUCUGUGAUGGCUGCACUCUUCAAAUGCAAAUUCAUCAGUGGAGACAGACAGACCACCUGAUUAGGACCAAAUUUUAAUUAAUGGUUGAUACCCGAGGGCAGUUAAACUUAAGUCCUCAUGGUUCUGUUUUUUUGUUUUCAUUGUUCUCUCUCAACCCCCUCUAACCCAUCCCCUUCUCAGCUGAUGUAAAGAUGCAGAUUCCUAGGCCUCACCAUAGACCUGCCAGGUCAGAAUCUCUUGGGAGUAUAUGGCUGGGACUGCCUUGUUCAUGUGCCCCCAGGGGAUUCUGAUGCCUGCCCAGCGCAGGCUGUGAAGGAAUCAUUUGUACACGUUCUGAAUUUGUAGGGCUCUAAACCUACUGUGUUAUUCUAAUGUCAGUCUCAUCUGUGCCAAAGAUACUUCACGUUGACUUUCUCUGUGUCAUCCCGUUGUUGGCAUGGUCCUUUUCCAUCUCAUUAUGUGUGUGGCCGGCUUGGAUUCCCUAGGCUGUUCUAUCCACCUCCCCGGCCCCCACUAACCCCUGCUGGGCAAAGGCCCACUGGCCAGUGCCUGCUCAGUUGCUUGGCACUUUGCUCUCCAACCCAGCACUGCUGAGCCGGACUCUUUGCUGUGCUCCCUUCAGCCCAGGGUGACAGCCGGCUUCAAGGCCCUACCUGAAUAAGCAGCUCUUCUCUCCCCUCCCG